GGAGGCAGCGAGAGGAGCUGACAGCGCGGAGCUGGCGCUGCGGAGCGCAAGGAGUCCUAUCGGUUUCUCCCGCCGACGUCUGCGAGGACAGCAGCGUCUGACCCGCCCGGGUUCGGAGAUUUAUACAGGCGUGGAGCAAUGCUUAUGGCUCUGCGGCUCCUCAAAGGCCCCUAGAAGCCUGUUCCUCAGCACAGUCCAGGACCUCUCCAGCCCCAUGGAGCCCCCGAUCCCACAGAGCGUCCCCUUGACUCCCAGCUCAGUCAUGGUCCAGCCCCUACUUGACAGCCGCAUGCCCCACGGCCGCCUCCAACACCCACUCACCAUCCUCCCCAUCGACCAGAUGAAGACCAGCCACGUGGAGAAUGACUACAUAGACAACCCCGGCCUGGUGCCCCCCAUUGGCCCGAAGCGGACCCGGGGUGGGGCCCCAGAGCUGGCCCUGACGCCGGCCCGCUGUGACCAGGACGUCACCCACCACUGGAUCUCCUUCAGCGGGCGCCCCAGCUCUGUGAGCAGCAGCAGCAGCACGUCCUCUGACCAGCGUCUCUUAGACCACAUGGCACCACCGCCCGUGGCUGACCAGGCCUCCCCCAGGGCUGUGCGCAUCCAGCCCAAGGCCAUCCACUGCAAGCCACUGGACUUCAAGGGCCCAGCAGUCCCACCGGAGCUGGACAAGCACUUCUUGCUGUGCGAGGCCUGUGGGAAGUGUAAGUGCAAGGAGUGUGCAUCACCCCGGACACUGCCCUCCUGCUGGGUCUGCAACCAGGAGUGCCUGUGCUCAGCCCAGACCCUGGUCAACUACGGCACCUGCAUGUGCCUGGUGCAAGGCAUCUUCUACCACUGUACCAACGAGGACGACGAGGGCUCCUGCGCUGACCACCCCUGCUCCUGCUCCCGCUCAAACUGCUGCGCCCGCUGGUCCUUCAUGGGCGCCCUCUCCCUGGUGCUGCCGUGCCUACUCUGCUACCUGCCCGCCACCGGCUGCGUGAAGCUGGCCCAGCGCGGCUACGACCGCCUGCGCCGCCCUGGUUGUCGAUGCAAGCACACGAACAGCGUCAUCUGCAAGGCAGCCGCCGGCGACGCCAAGGCCAGCAAACCGGACAAGUCUUUCUGACACUUUGGGUCGAAGCCCCCGUGCUGCUACCCCUGGAACUCGGUUCCCUUCUGACACCUGAGAAGACCACAGCGAGGCCAGAGGUUUUAGUGUCCUGAGGCUGACCUUGCUGGUCUGCCCCACUCCCCAUCCUCAGCUUCUGAAGAAAUGAAGACCACCACCGCCCGCCCUCUCUUCCCCAAAAGGAUGAAGAAGCACUUUGGGUUUUUUUUCAGGGUCCCGGAACUUUGUGUCAGACAGUGGCAGGGGCGUGGUGUGG